AUGGAAGAAAAUAAACCAGAGAAGAAGAGGACAAAGCGAAGAAAUGCAAGGCUACCUUCGGAAGAAAAAGAUGUCAGAGGAUCAAGGGCGAAGAUAGAACGAGUCUGCGCUCCAGCUGACUACAAGAUAAUGGAAGAACUUAUAGAAGACCCGGUGAGCGAAGAAAAUGAGCGAAGAAGGAGGGCUUUUGAAAAGUGGACUGAGGAGUCACACGAAGAGUUUGCAAAUGGAUUGGCUGUACAUGGAAAGAAAUUCCGCAAAGUGGCUGACCAUCUUCCAGAAAUGACUGUAGCAGACUGUGUAGAACAUUACUACAUGACCAAGCCCUUUGACUUCAAUUUUGAGGAGUGGCAGGCUAAUGAAAAAGCCAAAGACGACGGUUUAGAGCCUUCAUCAAUAGAGUGCAAAGGGAGCUCUUCCGAAGGGGCUGAAGCAUCAACUACAUCUGAGCCUCAGUCGAGCUCUCCUGUAAGUGAACUAUCGGACGCAAUAAGAGAGGAGAAACUGAAAAUUUCUGAGAAGACAGAUUAAAUACCGAUGACUGAUACAAACUUUCAAAUGGUAAUCUGUUUUUAAGCUAUGUCGAUAAGUUUAAAGCGAGGAAAUAUCAAAUAAACCUUUGCUUAUCUAAUAAAAUCAUGAAUGAUCAGGAAGAAGGAAGGUCGCAGAAAGUUAGCGUUAUGUACAAUCUUAUUUGGCUACAUUGAGCCGCCUUCAACUAAAAGAUUACACACAUGGAGUCAAAAUUUUCGAUCGAUAGUGAAUACCUAGCCUAGUG